CUUCCUGUGUGCAACAGAGCUGACUCAACAAUACAAUGACAGGCAUAGUGAAAGACUACAGAAAUCUCUUUGACGUGGAAUACUAUCUUGAAACAUACUUUAAGGACCCAAAAACAGAGCCAUGGGUCUUAGAGAAGCUACACGCCUUUUGGAAGAAGUUUAACACUGCUAAAAAUAUAUCUCUUUUGGAAUUUGGMGGGGGUCCUAAUAUCUCUCGUCUAGUCAGUGCAUGCCAGUACGUGGAUAGCAUUGUUUUUAGCGAACACAUCGAUGUUAUUCGACAAGCAGUUCACGAUUGGGUUGGCAAAAAGGGUUUUAAUUGGAAGASAACGUUUGAUUKUGUWGUACAAGAGCUUGAGGGUAAAGAUGAACGAGCAGCAAGCGACAGGGAGGUCGAGUUGAGAAGCAAGAUUAAAGCUAUAGUUCCCUGUGAUAUUACAGCKAGCAAUCCACUGGAUACAGCGACUUUGCCAGGAGACCUUCUUCCACCGUAUGAUGUCGUCUUCACUAGUUACUGCCUUGAAGCUGUAGUUGAAUGUGAUCAGGAGUACAAAGACGCAAUUUCAAAGCUAGCUAGCCUCGUAAAACCUGGUGGGUGUCUKGUCAUGCACGGAGCUCUUGAGCAAUCCUUCUACAGAGUGGGCGAGUAUGAUUUCUAUUCCUACAAGUUGAACAAGACAUUGAUUGAAGACAGYCUUAAMAGUGCCGGGAUUAAUAACGUUGWAUUUGACGUUCUUCCCAUCCUGGAAAARUUYASYACUUUUGAUGCAGACGGUGAAUUUUUUGUGUAUGGAGAAAAAGAGUGAUUCAUGGUGCAUCAUGAACCCUACUAGAAAGUCGUUUCAUUCGGAAGAGAACAYGCUGCUAAGCACUUCUUCAAAGGGAAAAAACUUUCAGAUUUAUAUCUUCUGGGAUUUAGAAAAAUUUGAAAAUCGGAAAUGCAAUUUAAGUGACGUCUACUAAGGAAUGAUUUAAUAUGCAAAAUCACGAAAAAAAUACAUUACUCUUUUUUUUAUUUUGGAGAUGACACUAUUUUCAGUUCUUGAAUUUCACUGUUAUUGAUGAUUUGACCAUUUCAACCGAACACAAGAUAUCGCAAACAAUGAAAAACCUCCAGCCCAAUUCCUUGAUUGACGUCACUUCAUUAGCAUUUCCGUUUUCAAAUAUUUCUAAAUCAAAAGAUAUAAAUUCGAAAGUUUUUUCCCUUUGCAGAAGUGCUUAGCAGUAUGUUAUCUUUCAAAUGAAAUGACUUUCUAGCAGGGUUCAGUUGCACUUUAAAGGUUCAUGAUCAACCGGCAUCCAUUGCGGACUUUUCUUUACGUUUGGAAAUUAAAACAUAAUAAACACUUACUCUUUAUUACUCAAUUGAUGUAAAUGGAGUACAGUUAAAACAUUAUUAUGAGCCUGGAAAUAGAACUUAUUUGUCUGGUAUUCAUGGAUGUUAUGUGUAACAUUAUAGAAUAAAAUCGAAUAAAAUUGAAUUUCUAAAGUAA